AUGAAAGCCGCGCAAGGAAAAAUGGCACAGGAGAGACAGCCCAAGAAGCUUCGUUCAGGCCGUUCUUCUGGGAGCAAGCGGAGAAAAGCCAAAAACAAUGCUAACCAAUUAGCUCGCACUACACCAGCUUCAGAUUCCCAAGCCGAGCCCAGAAUACGCAGAAAGACAGCCGCGCAACAAGAGGGAAGGAAUGCGAGAGACGCCCGACGUCUUGCUGCUGUUAGCGGUGUUGCCAUCCUAUCGAAGGUCCCCCCUGGCCAACUUCCGGACCAAGGAAAUUGGGAAGAGGACGAGAGAAAGACAUAUCCAUGUUCUAUCUGUGGUAGGAAAUUCGUAAAGAAAAACCAUGUUAAAGUCCACAUGGCAGCAUGUGUUAAAAGGAACGGGAACCCCAAUGGUGCACGAUGGGAUGAUGCAUGGAGGAACAGGGCGAGUCAAGCAGCGUCCAUGGAUACACAAUCGAACACCACCAGUGCACCUCAAACUUUGCAUAUACAUGACUUUCAAGCUGAAGAUGACCAAACUGAAGACAAACAACCGGAGGACUACCAGUUUGAACACCACCAACGUGAGGAUUUCGAGCGUCCAGAUGUAUCAUUCGGUGGCUUCCAAAGAGACCAUUGCAUCUUUGACCACCUGCCACACGAGCCAGCCUCGACGUCCUCGCCUGGCAUGCAAGGAUACGAUGUCGAACUAUUAACAGAGAGUUCCCAGUCCGAUGAUCUUGACUUCAUCGACCUGCAGUCAGCGUCCUCAUCGCCGAGUGACCUGACACCAUACGAUCCAGACCUCCGCAUGGACGUCUUGACGAAUGAAACGCUACUUCUCAUGGCUCAAGCAUGGCAGAAAGCCAUAGAGUACGUGGGAGAGACUCACACCGUGGUGCAUCCGCAUUUCCAGAGGAUAAUGGAAGAGCUGGGGAGGAGGGGUAUGAUCGACGAGAACUGGACCUAUGUUGUAGACCUCGUGAGGGUGAACAUGACUUGGAGAAGGGUGACGCUGGGGCCAUGA